CCGUAUACAUAUACGGGACUCAAUAAUCUUCCAAUCGAAACAGCUUCAAGAGAUAGAAAUUCUAAAAAUAUCAUUAAUUAAACCAAAAAUGUGUGCAUUAGUCCCUCCACUGUUCCCCGACUUUGGGUGGCCGUCGACGGCAGGUUACGAGAGCUACUACCUCGGCGGAGAAAACCUCAACAACGACAUGUUUCUUGAUUUUCCGGUUGUGGAAACUUAUGGAGUAUUGGCUCAUCAUCAGAACAGCUUAGGAGUUUCUGUUUCGUCGGAGGGAAAUGGAAUAGACAACAACCCGGUUGUUAAAAAGAAGCUUAAUCACAAUGCUAGUGAGCGUGACCGUCGCAAGAAGAUCAACUCUUUGUUUGCAUCUCUCCGCUCAUGUCUUCCAACCUCAGAUCAAUCGAAAAAGCUAAGCAUUUCAGCCACCGUUUCACGAAGCUUGAAGUACAUACCAGAGUUGCAAGAGCAAGUGAAGAAGUUAUUACAAAAGAAGGAAGAACUCUUGGUUCGAGUAUCAGGUCAACGAGACAUUGAACUUUACGUUAAGCCACAACCAAAGGCAAUUGCAAGUUAUGUCUCCACUGUUUCCGCGACUAGGCUUGGAGACAACGAAGUGAUGGUCCAAAUCUCAUCAUCCAAGAUUCAUAACUUCUCGAUAUCUAAAGUGUUAACUGGGUUAGAAGAAGAUGGUUUUGUUCUUGUGGAUGUUUCAUCUUCAAGGUCUCAAGGGGAAAGGCUUUUCUACACUUUGCAUCUUCAAGUAGAAAAUAUGGAUGAUCAUUACAAAAUGAAUUGCGAAGAGUUAAGUGAAAGGAUGUUGUACUUGUACGAGGAAUGUGAAAAUUCAUUUAGGUGAUUAAUUCAUAUAACUGUUGUACAUAGUUUAUUAUAAA